AUGAAUCGACUUGGUAUGAAUAUGGCAACGUUCGCAAUAGGAUCGAUACCCAUUCUCAUCGUUUCUAUUGUGGCGAUGGUAAAUUUGCGAAGUCUCAGUACAUUAGGUGAGGGUGAAAAAUCCCCGUGUAAAACGUACCGCAACGCACAUCUCUUUGUUGUAGUGGAACUUUUGGCCAGCAUAGCAGCCAUCGUCUGGUUAAUAGCGAUGAUCCUCGACCCAAUCAUAAAUACCGCUGCCGAUCGGAAAAUUAUGGCAAUGCUCCGAUCAUGGGGGUCCUACUUCUGUGGUCAUGUGAAACAAGUCCAGCGACGUAUCACAGAGAGUACCCGAGUCAGCAAAGAAGGGAGUAGCGAGGAACGAUCAACUGUCAAAUGA